AUGGCGACCGCCGAAAAGACCAAGGAGCAGAAGCAAUUCCAAGUCCCCGACGAGUACGAUUCAGAGGAAGACUAUGACAGCGCCGACGACAUUGAAUACUCCGAAGACGAGGACGAAGACCAAACGGUCCCAAACAAAAACCAACAGCUCCAACGCCGCCGGCGGCAACAGCAGCAGCAGGAUGACUACUCCGACGACGACUAUGAUUCCGAAGAAUAUGAUGAUGACGAGGACUACUCUGAUGACGAGAUCAUCCAGGGCAAGUCCAUGCAGCCCUGGUCCCAGGGUACCAGCUCCGAUACGGCGCCCACGGGUGGCAUGAACGUCAUCCCACAAGAGCAGAAGAAGAGCCUUGACGACGAGGAAGGCAUGAAGUUGAAGCUGGAAUUGAACCUGGAGAUUGAAGUGGAACUCAAGGCUCGUAUCCACGGUGACUUGACCCUGGCUCUAAUGUAA